GACCACUGUCCUCAAGUGGAUUUCAGUGCUACCCUUGCAUUCAAAGGGAAACGGCUGCUUAACCACACGAUAAAAGAAAUUGACAUCGUCGCAAAGGACAUCUGUGAAGCAGUGUGCUUCAUGGUGCCCACUUGUGUCAGCUAUAAUAUACUAGUAUCCAGUGAUUCUCCACCGAUCACCAAAUGCGAGAUGAAUGACGCUACACAUUUUGAAUACCCGAGUGAUCUGGUGUCAUUUCCAAACAGCACCUAUCGUGGAUCCAAGGUAUGUUUAUAACAUAUAACGAUUAGGAUAAGGUAGGCCUUCUUUUGGCCUAUCCGUAUGUCUUUGUCACAAUUCAAUUUUUUACUAGUUUAUUCAUGUCCUUUUUAUUUGACUGUAAAUAUUUGAAAAUCAUACAUGUGAACUGCGGUUUAAGAAAGGAAUUUGAAAGCGAUCUUCGCAGUAAUGAACAGUACUUAGGCAGUAGUGGUAAUAGAGCGUGAAAAAAAUGCAGGCAUGUAUGGGAUUUUAACCUAUGACCUCUGUGAUACCGGUGCAACGCUCUUCCAAAUGAGCUAACAAGCCAACUGGGAGCUGGUCCGCAGUUCACCUUUAUGAUUUUCGUAUAUUUACAGUCAUUUAUUCUUCCCUACACGGUUUAUUUGGAACCAACAUAAUGACCAGCUCCCAGUUGGCAUACAAGACAGUCAGGUUAAGUGCUUUCAACCAUCAUUGUUUACAAUUAACACGAUUGGUACAGAGACGUAGAUCACAAAAUAACGCUUCUCGUUAUCUCACCAAAGUUUCGAUAUUUACCGAACAUCAAAGAUACUUUUAUACGUAUGGUUAAAUUUUAUCCUUGAUUGAAUUCAAUUACCCUUUGAAUAUGGAGAGUAUGGUAUUAGUAAACACAGUUUAAGCACCGGAUGAAAAAAACACAAGUCUUGAGCUGCUGUGAAGAUUAUGGGCACUGUCUAAAAGUUUUAUUUUUCCUAUCUUAAUUUUUAAUCUACGAAUUCUUUAAUUAUUUGCCUUUCCCUGAAUUGGAGGAACUUACUAAAGCAGUGGCGGAUCUUGGGGAGAAGCCCGGGGGGCCGCCCCCCUUAUUUUGGGUAAAAAAUGAAAAAAAUCGCAAAGGAAAGAAAAGCUGACAGGGAAAGCGACAGAAAACCGCCCCUUCCCCCCCCCCUCCUUAGCUUAAGGUCUGGAUCCGUCACUGUGGAGGGUCCACGGUAGGGCAAUUUUGUUGGAAUUUUCAGUUCUGUCAAAAAAACGGUCAAAAAUUUCAGCUAACUAUCUUUGUCUGUUUAGUUCUUAUGACCGAUUUAUUUUACGGGUAUAUUUAACUCAUUGAUCUUGUAGAGAGUAUGUGCCGUUUAGGUGUCCUGGAAGCACUGCAAACACUUAAUUACCAUUUUUCACUCACGUCUCAUUUAUUCGCCCUCAGAAUGGCUUUGUUAAUCUACCUGCUUACUCUCCCCUCCUAACUUGCAUAGAAAUCGCCUUGACUUGGCCAUUUUCGUUUUCUUUGUAAAGAACGCUUGCAUAAAGAAGCCAUGCCCGAGUAAUACGAUCUGCCAAGCUAGUUCCUCCAGUGAGGGGUAUACAUGUGUCUGCGUACCGGGUUACACGGGUAAAGAUUGCACAGAAGGUGAGGCAGAUAUGUGUUUUCAGUACCUAAAUGUUAGCGGUCAUUUGAUGACUAGGAAAGUCGAUGACCGGCUGUUUUAAGUCUUUAGCACUGUCCUCGUGUAUUUAUUUUCUCGUCGAGGAUAAAGAAGGACCAGCAGUAAAACUGUGAGAAAAACCUGGGCAAACGUCAGGGGAAGGAGAGAGGGGUGGAAACAGAUGGAAAAACAUCUAUCAAGAAGGGAAUAGCCUCACUGCCGCUUCUCGCAAUGGAAACCUCAGUGAACCCUUGCUGCAACGCAGUCCAGCUUGUAACUCGACGCGUUCACUGUCUCUGACGUUGCGACAGCUUCCCUUGAGUUUUUGGUAAAAACAUGACCAAAUUGCUGCAGAGGUUUCCCUGCUAAGAGGACGUAACAGUUGGUUAUUUAACGUUUUUUUUUCUAGAGUGGGACAACUAAGAAAAGUACAAGUUUUAUAACGCGCGUGCUGUGUUAUUUUUUUGCUCAAUACCUCUUUUGUUUCGCUUCGUCUACGGUCUACGUUCCAAAAGUCCUUAGCAAAUUUGAAAUAUGCGGAUCCUCCUUAGAGGGAAGUUAACUCUUGAAGUUGGUAGCUAAGCGCAGUUCCUCAACAUUAGACUCAUGCCAGAGGCAUUUAAGCCAAAGUUGGAAAAAGAGCUGUGAACACUCCAGAAUGAAGGUAUUCUCACUAAAGUGGAGGGGAGUGAAUGGGCCACACAAAAUAUGCCUGUCCCAGCCACAAGUCACCAGAGAAAGUGCAAGCAGUUUUGAAAGCGCCUCGCCCAUGCAAUGUAGCUGAAGUAAGGUUGUUCCCGGUGCUAGUCAAUUACUACUACAGACUGAACCAGUCGUUAGAGAACAACUCUCUAUGGAAAUGGACGGAACGAUGCGAAACAGCAUUCCACAACCUGAAAGAAAUGAUCACCUCAGAGCAAAUAUUAACACAUUAGGAUCCCACUCUCCCACGAAGGCUUCCUUGUGAUGCAUGCCCUGUGGGAAUUGGUGCCGUGCUAUCCCACGUGAUGAAAGACUGAGACACCCAUUGCUUUUGCUUCCAGGACACUCACAAAACUGAAAAAAAUCUUUCACCCUUACACCGAUCGCCAGCCGUUAAGAUCUAUCUUCCAUCCACGAAGGAGCGUUCCAGUAAUUACAGUAGCCAGGCUUCGGCGCUAUGCAUCAUUCAUGGCUGGCUACGACCACCAAUUCGGGCACAAGAAUACUAAAGUGCACAGCAGUGCAGAUGGCCUUUCUCGGCUACCACUUAAAACCAAAGAAAGAGCAGAAAAAGUUGUGGAUACAGAGAAUGUUUUAAAUAUGAAACAGUUGGAGCCGUUACCAGAUAGGUUGAAAACGUCCGAAGAGAAGCCCCCCUGUCCUGGGUCAAGUCCAUGAGAUGGUGGGUAAAGGAUGGCUAACCAGCCAUGUUCCUGUACUCAACCCCUUCUACGCUCGCAGGGAUGAGAUAAGAGUACACUUAGGCUGUUUGAUGCAGGAAAUCAGAGUCAUUGUACCCCCAAAACUUUGUCCACAAGUGCUUGAAGAACUCCAUCGAGGACGUCUUGGAGGGAUGAAGAUGAAGGCACUACCAAGAAGAUACAUCUGGUGGCCAUGAAUCCACAAGGAAAUCGAGGAAGCCGCGAGGACCUGCUCGGGUUGGCAGCUAAUGGAGGCUGAACCUAGUACCGGAGCUAUACAUCUAUGCGAAUGGUCGUCGGCACCCUGACAGCGAAUCCAUGUUGAUUUUGCUGGACCUUUCCUCGGCUGCAUGUUUUUGAUUGUUAUGGAUGCCCAUUCGAGAAGACUGGAAAUAGAAAAAAUGGACACCACGACCUCAAUUAAAACCAUCGAGAAAUUGCAGAGUCUAUUCACUAGAUAUGGUGUGCCAUCCCAGUAAGUUGUUGACAAUGGGCCACAGUUUAUAUCUGAGGACUUUCAGAUGUUCCUCAAGAGAUACGGAAGCAAACAUCUUUCACUUGCAACAUACCAUCCUGCUAGCAAUGGUCUAGCCGAGCACUGUGUGCAAAGUUUUAAAUCAGCUAUGAAAAGUGAAACGGAAGUAAAAAGGUGAUAGAAACACAGACAACAACCGUAAUAAGACCUUGCGCACACUCACUUCUCAAAUACUAAUGCUGUUAAUAGGGUAUCUAGUGAGAAAAGAUACAGAAAGAAAAGUGAUGAUAACCAAUUGUUGAAAUUGGGAAUUGGUAUCAGAUGGGAUGCUGAUGGUAAGACCAUUUAUGACCUCAGUAGAACACAAUAUGAUAAUGAAGCUGUAACCUUAAGGCAGAUGAAACACGUCACAGGCAAGAAAAUAGAUAUUGACAAUCUGUUACCCCAGACAUUAAAAUGCAGGUUGUUAAUACCAGAUUAUGACAGCAGUGAAAACUGUGAUAAAGAUGAGGUUAACAAGAAAUAUGCUGACAGGAAAACUUUUACUUAAGACGUAUCAAUAAGGUCUUGAUAUGAAAGGCAAUGAGUGAUUAAUACAGGACGACCCGGGUUCUAGUCCUGGCCGGGGCAAGGCGUUGUGCCCUUGAAGCGUGCGGGGAGAAAAAAAAAUGCGAGAUCCACUUUUAGGCUUGGCUAAAUCUAUAUAUUUACCUUUCACAUGAUAAUAGUGAUAGUAUAAUAGUAGGAUUUCUCACAAGUGGAGGUAGUGAUUUAAUAUCAAAUAGGGCCCAUUUCUCUUUCGAAACAUCAACUGGUCAUAUAACUCUUGACAUAUCUGUUAUUUAUGAGAUACAUUUUCAAGACAGAUACAAAGGCCCAUCUUGUAAUAUACAUAUAAAUCCUCGGAGCGUCAAUCCUAAUAUUUUGUUCGUCUAUAUAUUGAAGACACAAACAAUAAAUGUACAGACAUUACUGUUUUUUAUCCCAUUAGUGUAACUGCUGAAUUUGAAGUAAGGAUUCAAACAGCUCAAGGAAUGUCGGAUGGUGGUUCUUACAGUCAGAUUCUUAUUAAUAAAUCAGUUAAUUUAGUAUAAUCACAUAUUAUAUGUAUGGUUAUUUCUUCUGGUGCUGAUACAAGACUGACAAAACAGAGUAAUUAGUAUACGUGGUCCACCAGGUUUUGGAGGGUCUUAAAAAAACCAAUCAUAUCAUUGAACAAAAACCCAAUAAGUGAAAUAACAUUAUUAUACAAAUACUAUCACAAACGGCUUCGAUUGAAUAAAGAAGCUUAUAAGAGGUUCAAGACACUAGAUCUGUUAUGCAAUAUGUCAUCAUCCUGUUUAAUAGUGGGUGGUACUAUAGGUGGAGGGGUAACUACAAGUCCCAUCGUAGUUGGCAUUAUACUUGAUAGUGCUUUGAUAUAAAAAACGCACUGAGAAAUGAAAGAUUUUAAAAAGAUGUGAGUUAAAAUAUGAGUUAUUAGUUGUCUGUGCAUGGUAGAAAAUCGAAACCUUGGUAAUUAAAUUACUUUUUUUUUUCUUUGAGACGUUGAUGAGUGCAGUCUGGGAAAACACAAAUGUGAUUCAAAUGCUGAAUGUACAAAUACCCUUGGAUCCUACAGCUGCAAAUGUAAAGAAGGAUUUUCAGGAGAUGGCCAAACGUGCUUAGGUGAGUGUUGA